ACGAAUUUCCAAUUCAUCGAUCGAAGAUAUAUAUAAACUCGAUAUAUAUUCUUCAUAAUCAAAAUGAAUGGGAAGAAAGGAAGCGACGACGUCCGGAUCGACAUUUGCUUGGCUGCACGAGCAGGAACUGUGAAGAAAUUAUCUACUGAUGUCGAUGACAAGGCGGUGGCCGUACCUAUACCGAUGAGGAAGAUGAUGCUGGAAGUGUGGCAGUUUGCUAAAGAGGACAAGAAUAGGGUGACAUUUUCCCUCAAAGUGGGCUUGGCUUGCCUCCUCGUUUCCCUUCUCAUCCUCAUCCGUGCUCCUUAUCAAGUCUUUGGCACCAACAUCAUCUGGUCCAUCCUCACCGUCGCCAUCAUGUUCGAGUACACAGUCGGUGCAACUUUUAAUCGAGGGUUCAACCGAGCGUUGGGGAGUUUGCUUGCAGGAAUCUUCGCCAUCGUGGUGAUCCAAGUAGCCAUGUCCAGUGGCCACAUUGCCGAGCCUUAUGUCAUUGGCCUCAGCAUCUUCCUCAUCGGGUCCGUAGCGUCGUUCAUGAAGUUGUGGCCGUCGCUGACGCCGUACGAGUAUGGCUUCAGGGUCAUCCUCUUCACCUACUGCCUCAUCAUCGUCUCGGGUUAUCGGAUAGGAAACCCGAUAAGGACGGCGAUGGACCGGCUUUACUCCAUCGCCAUCGGCGCCAUCGUCGCCGUCCUCGUCAACGUCCUCAUCUUCCCCAUUUGGGCCGGCGAGCAGCUCCACAAAGAGCUCGUCGACCAUUUCGACUCCGUCGCCGACUCCCUCGAAGAGUGUGUGAAGAAAUACCUAAGCGAUGAUGGAACGAACCACCCGGAGUUCUCAAAGACAGUGAUGGACGACUUCCAAGAUGAACCAGCGUAUCGCAAGUGUCGAGCCACAUUAAACUCUUCUGCCAAGCUUGACUCAUUGGCGAAUUCGGCAAAAUGGGAGCCUCCGCAUGGGAGGUUCAUGCGGAUGUUCUACCCGUGGGGAGAGUACGUGAAGGUCGGAGCCGUGCUUCGCCACUGUGCUUACGACGUCAUGGCACUGCAUGGCUGCCUCCACUCCGAGAUACAGGCGCCGUUCAAUCUGAGGAGCACAUUCCGCGCAGAGAUUCUCGAUGCCGCCGAGCAGGCGGCGGAGCUGCUCCGCAGCUUGGCAGAGGGAAUCGGCCACAUGAGGCACGGCUUCCGGACGGGCCUGCUCAAGCGCGUCCACAGCUCGGCCGAGCGCCUCCAGCGCUCCGUAGACAUGCACUCCUACCUCUUCACCUUGUGCCGCCGUGAGGUCGCCGGUGCCUCCGCCAAGCGUCCCAGCACCGUCGACAAUGGCGACGACGACAAGGGUGGUAAAAACAGCUUCCCGAUGGCCGCCAAGCUGUCCGCUGACCUCUCCUUCGGCAGGAAUAGCAGCAACCUUUUGCCGCCGGCGGUGCAAGGCGAGUCGUACCAUGAGAUGAUGAAGAGGCAGCAGCGGCGGCUCCACUCGUGGCCGUCGAGGGAGGUGGACGACGACUUGGAGAAGGACGUCGGCGAGGAGGCGAUCCCGAGGAUGCGCGCACUGGAGAGCACCGCCGCGCUGUCCUUGGCCACCUUCGCUUCCCUUCUCAUCGAGUUCGUAGCUCGGCUCGAUCACUUGGUGGAGGCCGUGGAUGAGCUUGCUAAGCUGGCCAACUUUAGGCAAGAGAUUGCGUGCUAAUUCUAAAUCUAAAUCUGGAACGGGAAUUAAUUAAUCUUAAAGAUCUUUGAAUA